UAGAACCUUGCAGCAAUGGCCAUCUCCUCCGCCCUACGCCGCGCUCCCAUGGCGGCGGCGGCCGCGCGCGCCCUUCUUGCCGCCCUGGGCAGCCCACGCAGCGGGCGCGUAGGUUCUCCCCACCAUGGCGCGGCGCCCGUCGCUCCUCUCUCAUCCCUCUCCGCCCCGCAGCCGAGCGCCGUCGCCGAGGCCCAGCUCCUCCGGGUCAUAACCUACGAGAUCUCCUGCGCCCAGCUCGACUGCAGGAACAUUAACUGGGCGAAGGAAUUAGGGGAAGGCUUCCCCUUCGAGAUCAAGGACAAGGAGGGCACCAAGAGGAUAACGCUCACGAGGACGCAUCAGGAGGAGCGGAUCGAAGUGGAGGCGCUCCUGCCCAGCCCCGUCGAAGACGGCGAGCAGGAGGAGGAGGACCAAGCCGGAGAUGGCGGGAAGCAGAGCCACGCCGGCGGCGGCGGCGUCCCAAACCGGUACUGUAUCCCGCUCACCGUGAGGAUUCGCAAAGGAGCGGCGGACUCAUGCUUGGAGAUCAGCUGUUGCUCCUACCCUGAGGAGUUCGUCGUCGAGAGUUUGGAGUUUGGAUCCAGCGAUGAAUCUGCUGGUUCGUUAAGUGGUGGAACUGCUUUCAGUGACAUGUCUGAGGAGCUUCAGAAGGCUUUGCAUCUCUAUUUGGGAAGCAGGGGCAUCUCGACGAAUUUUACCGACUUCUUACACGCGUAUAUGAUAAACAAAGAGUGCUAUGAGUAUUUGUCCUGGUUGAGGAAACUCAAAGGUCUGGUAAAAGGUUGAGUAGAAUGGAAAUUCAAGUUCCUUUCUUUCAAUUUUGGGCAGAGUUUGGAAAAUGUUAGUAUAUUCACCUAUGGAGUAUGGACCAUGAAUCCUACGAGAACCCUGUGAUCCAAAUGGCGCCUUUCUCAGUAGCAUUGUACUACUCCCUCUGAUUUUUGAAUACAAAUCUUUUUAAAAA